AUGAGCGAUGAACACGAUGUACCAGGAGAGUUGAACAACGAGGAUGACAGCCUGGUUCUGGCCCCUGAGAGCGGACCAAUCCAGCCAAUAAACCACAGACCUAGUGCCCAAUGGAAGUCUUCAUCCCGGACAGUGGAGGAAAAUCUGGCUAAGGGUCUUUCCAAUGAAGACCUCUGGAUGCUGAUUCGACGAUUCGACAAGCAAAUCUACCAUGUGCGAGCCGUCGAAGAUUCCAAAUCCCAGAAAUUAGACCUGAAUCGUGUGGAAGUUGAGCGAUUCCCGCCUGAAAAGUUGCGCAUUACCCUCGAGCGGUUUUACACAUCGGUCGUUGUCGGCGUGAUCGAGUUCUUUCGGCACAUAACCAGAUUGCGAUCAUGGAAGGAGUCUGGGCGGACAACUGUGUUCUGCAUCGUCUAUUUUGCUUGUUGGGCUCUGGAUGUUCUCAUUCCGACCAUUUGCGGUGUCAUCAUUUCCCUCAUUAUGGUUCCGUCCAUCCGUGGAUGGAUGUUUCCUGCCAGCAAGGAAACCUUAGAUUCGGACGUUCCCAGUACGAAGGGAUCGGGAACAGAGCAACCUGAAUCUCUAGACAGCCUCACGGGUGCACCGGAGACUCACAAGGGUGAGGCUGCUGAGCAGGAAGCGAGAAAUUUGAUCGACAGCCUAGCUACCGUAGCGAUGGAAAGCGCUGCGGCCAAGUACGGCCAGGCCGUGGUUGAUGAGGCUCCCGAGCAGCCUCUUCUUGGCGACAGCUCAGAAGUCAUAGAAGCCCCGGAGACUCCGAACGGCGAUGCCCCAGAGGACAAAACCAAAAAGCCCAUGAAGAAAAAGGUCUCGCAUGCAACAGAUAAGUUGAUGCGAGGAUUGAGUGAUGUCACCGAUAUCUAUGAGCAAUUUUCCAAUCUUCUGUCUCCAACGCCUCCAUUUCUGCUACUUACUUCCCGGUUACAGCUUGCAGGUGUCCUGACCUUGAUAUCUGUGUUGGUACCUCUAACCUCUAGCUAUUGGAUUGUCAAGAUCAUCGGGUUCGCCAUUGGCUUUGGUUUCUUUGGAGACCCAGUUUUCACCUACACGCUGGAUACCCUGAACCGGAAAAUUCCGAAUUGGAAGGAUCAAAUGGAUAUACAAAAGACCCUGUUGGCUGGUGUUCCUACAAACGCUCAACUCACAUUGACUCUUCUGCGGAUAGGGGAGAUCAACUCUGAACCUCUACCGCCUCCUCCAGCCGUGGGCAACAAGGACCGGGCAUGGCCAAUCGCGCGCAAGAAAUCCCAGGCUUCAUCUUUGACUGAUCUUACAAAGCAGGACUCCUCCCCUGAAUUGCAGAAGUCCAACUCAAACAUCUCCCUCCCCGAGACAAAACCGAAGCGAAGAACAAUGUUCAAAUUUUUCAAAUUCCUUCGUCGAACAAUCGCAACGGCGAUUCAAGGUCAUAUUGCAUUCGACCGAGCAAUGGCCAUUGCAGGGUCUACCCACACGCGGGGCCUGCUUACCAUGCUGCAAAACAGGCAGUUUUCAGCAACCCCCUUCGGACCCUUGAAGUUUGACGCAAAAUAUGAGCGCAAGCGAGGCGCUGCUGUGAUUGAUAAUUCGAAGGAGCCCCCAAUAUUGUAUUUCACAACAUACCAAUCUGCUGGCUUGGAUGAUUUGCGAAUUGAAAGCCGGAAAAAAGGAUCUGUUCUCUUCCAGAUUCCGGUCACUGGCAUCAAGGAGCUGAAGAAGACCGAAGGUCUAGGGUGGAAACGGAAAUUGAUUGUUGAAUUGACCGCUGGUAGUAAAGAGGCUGCAGAUGGCCUUGUAGUCAGCGGCGAUGAUCUGGAGCAGACAUAUCACCUCACAGGUAUGAGAUCCCGAAAUCAGCUUUUCAAUCGACUGGUUGCGAUUGAUGCACAAUUUUGGGAAAGCCGUUAA